UCGACGGGGACACGUUGCGCCUCAGAACACCUUCCUGGACACCAUCAUUCGGAAAUUCGACGGUCAAAAUCGCAAAUUCAUUAUCGCCAAUGCUCGAGUUGAAAACUGCGCCAUUAUUUUCUGCAAUGAUGGUUUUUGUGGCAUGUGCGGCUACACACGUGCAGAGGUCAUGCAGAAGCCGUGUACCUGCAGUUUUCUGUAUGGACCGCAUACUGGACGACCAGCGGUGGCCCAGAUGGCCAAAGCCUUACUGGGCUCUGAAGAAAGGAAAGUGGAGAUCUCCCUAUAUAGGAAAGAUGGUGCUGUCUCUGGGUGCAGAUGUCCUUCCUGAGUAUAAGCUCCAGGCUCCCCGAAUCCACAAAUGGACCAUUUUACACUACAGCCCCUUCAAAGCAGUCUGGGACUGGGUCAUCUUGCUGCUGGUCAUCUAUACGGCGAUCUUUACACCUUAUUCGGCUGCGUUCCUGCUCAGCGAUGAGGAAGAGGCCGCCAUGCAGCGCUGCGGCUACUCUUGCAGUCCACUCAACGUGGUGGACCUCAUUGUGGAUAUCAUGUUCAUAGUGGACAUUGUGAUUAACUUUCGCACAACCUACGUGAACAGCAACGAAGAAGUGGUCAGUCAGCCCGGCCGAAUAGCCAUCCACUAUUUUAAAGGCUGGUUCCUCAUUGACAUGGUGGCUGCCAUUCCUUUCGACUUGCUCAUUUAUCGCUCUGUUGAAGAUACGACGACUCUGAUUGGUCUGUUGAAGACUGCUCGGCUGCUGCGAUUAGUGCGUGUGGCGCGUAAACUCGAUCGCUACUCCGAGUAUGGAGCCGCGGUGCUCUUUCUCCUCAUGUGCACCUUUGCACUAAUUGCUCACUGGCUGGCCUGCAUCUGGUAUGCUAUUGGGAAUGUGGAGAGGAGCGGCCCAUCUCGGAUCGGUUGGCUUGAUUCUUUGGGUGAACAGCUGGGGAAGCCGUAUAAUAAGACGAAUCCUGCAUCAGGACCCUCUAUUAAAGAUAAAUAUGUCACUGCCCUAUACUUCACCUUCAGCAGCCUCACCAGCGUGGGAUUUGGAAACGUCUCCCCAAACACCAACUCUGAGAAGAUCUUCUCCAUCUGUGUCAUGCUUAUUGGAGCGCUGAUGUAUGCUAGCAUAUUUGGAAAUGUGUCAGCCAUCAUCCAGAGGCUGUACUCUGGCACUGCGCGUUACCACACUCAGAUGUUGCGGGUUCGGGAGUUCAUCCGUUUCCACCAGAUCCCCAACCCACUCAGGCAAAGGCUGGAGGAGUAUUUUCAGCAUGCUUGGUCCUACACUAACGGCAUUGACAUGAAUGCUGUGCUGAAGGGGUUCCCAGAGUGCUUACAGGCAGACAUCUGUUUGCAUCUGAAUCGUACAUUGCUACAGAACUGUAAAGCUUUCAAGGGCUCCACUAAAGGUUGCUUACGUGCUUUGGCUAUGAAGUUCAAGACUACACACGCUCCACCUGGAGACACCUUGGUCCACGCUGGUGAUGUCAUUUCAGCUCUGUACUUCAUUUCUCGUGGCUCCAUUGAGAUCUUAAAGGGAGAUGUGGUAGUGGCCAUUUUGGAUCUUUUACGAUCUUUUACGACUAACACUAAAGCUGGGUCAAUGAGCAGUGACACUGAAGAUUCUGACCAUGGCUUUCUUGACCAUCACACACGAAGAGCAAAGCUGUUCUUCCAGUCCAAAAGAAACUCUAUGCCACAAGUAGCAGAUACAGAGAAAACGGAAGAAAAUCUCAAUAAGACGACUUUCAGAACUCAGAAUUCAAGCAAGCAGCACAAGGAUAGACAAGCUGCUCAUCGGGACUCAGACAUUUUUGCCUCCCAAUCCAGCAGUGAUGAAGAGGAAGAGACCAGACGGCCCACUGCGAUAGUAGACUGCUCUCAGAGCCGUAUCACUAGUGUCAGCAAUGCUAAUAGAGACAAGAACCACAACAGCAGCAACUCUUUCAAUGCGCUGUCAGGCGCUCUUUCUGGGGUUUCUAACAUCUUCAGCUUCUGGGGGGACAGUCGUGGCCAUCAGUACCAGGAAGUACCCAGCCACAGCAUGUCCUUACCCUCAUCUUCGGUGCCCUCUAAUACUGUCCUGCACAGUGUUACCCAUCGUCAUUGCACUGAGGUAGAGAAUAGACUGGAAAUGAUGCAGAGACAGCUCCACCGAUUGGAGAAGCGCAUGUCAACAGACAUGGGGGCCAUAAUGCAGUUGCUUCGGAGGCAGAUGGUGCUGGUUCCACCAGCCUACAGUUCUGUGACGUCCCCUGUAGAAGCAUCUCCAAAUCCACCCAAACCAGGCCAGAAAUUGGUCCAUCCUGUCAACCCUUUAGAGACGGAAACACCAGCCAUUCUCUCUGAGAUACUUGACCCCCACGACUUUGCUGACAGUCCCAAAAAGUCCAGUGAAAGUCUGUCAGGUGCAAUGGAGCUCCAGCUCCUGGACUCUUCCUUACAGCCCUCCUCUGAGACUCCUUCUGGGGCUUAUAAGGGACGAUGGCCACAUAGCAUGGGCCACAAUGCAGCAAAUGUCCCUGAUUAUCUUACAGCUCACACUGAUCACCAACAAACAGUCAUAGCUGAUCGAGGUAGUUAUAGUUUUUUAGAUGCAGAGCCUAUUGGAACUGUUUACCAUCCACAAUCUGGACUGAGGAUAGAUUUGGAGCGUUCAAGACGCCUAUCAUUGCCAGUGCAACAUCACGUAGAGGAUGAUUCCUCAAUCCAAAAACGACAUGGCUCUAAUCCUGGGUGUUAGGAUUGAAACUUUUAUUUAGCAUCUCAGUGGAAAACAAUGCAUACAUCCUAAUGGACCACAGCAAUGUUGGCAGGAUGUUUUGAAGACCUUCUACUUCAGGUUCAUAUUAAUUACCUCAGAAAGUCUAACGUAGAUGCAUCAUUAAUGUCCCUGUAGUUUGAUACAUUUGUGUUAGCUGGUCUAACGGUACUCGUGCUUUUUACCUGCCUCUCACUGAAAACGUUUUAUUUAUUUUACGAAAGUGUUCUCUCGUUAUUUUGAGGUGUCAGUGUAAUGAUUUGUAUUAGCAUAUCAAUUUUUUUUAACAGUGUGGUUUUGUGUUGAAUUGAUUGUCUGUUUGGAAGUCUUGGACAUAUUGUAGCAAUACACUGGAAAGUCCCAUCAGAGUAUGAUUUAUUAGGGUUUAAAUGGUCGUUUGGAAAUGUUAUCUCAGGUGGAGAUAAAGCUCAUCUCUAGUAGCUGAAAUACCUCAGAGUGAGUGAUUCCAGGGAACAAAUGUGAAUCCUGCUGAAUAACAUGCCGGUAGUUUACAUGACUGAAAGCAUGUGUUUAUAUCUUUCAAGGCCAUCCAUUGCACAGAUUUUCCCUUGAGAAUAUGUUAUCACUCUAAAUAUAUAAUCAUCAGUUUGGCCAAAGGGUCAAAAUGUGUUAAAUGUGAUUUAGACAGUUUAUGAAUGAAAAUCUAUUUUGAUCAUAAUCCAUAUCAUUAGUGCAAUUAGUGUUGAAAUAU